UUUGAACGGAGCGCACGCGCACACGAAUCCACGCUCGCCGUCGUUUCGCCGUCGGUCCGGAACCGAAAAAAAAGCAAAGUUCGAAGGUUUUUUUCUUUCUCGCUAAGUCGUGGUGAACCGCGAUUGACCUCUUCGCGAGAGCAUCAUCAUCGAGUUUUGCGCGAUCCGAUCGAUCGGAAAUUAGAGCAAAAAUCAACGGAAGUUCGGCCAAUCCGCUAGCUCUUGCUAGCAGGCGAAGGAAAAACAGCAAAAGAGCCGAACCGAACCCGCCUCGUCGCGUCGCAACGCAAAGAAAUUGGAUUAUUCGGUUUUUAUCGCGAACGUAAAUUCAAAUUUACGAUCAGCUUUUAUGGAUUAUUUUAUCAGGAUCAUUUAAUUUAAAAACACAGUUCGAGAAGGAAACAAAACAGAACGUCGGGGGUUUGGAGAGGAUCGGGACGCGAUCGCACCGAAAAAAAGUGUUGUUUAAAAGUGCGUUAAGGGGAAUGUCCGAGUGCGGCGAAGGAGAGGGUGGUGGAUCGUGGUGACGGAGAAAAAGGACUUGGUCCAGAAGAAAGCAACACCGCGGAGUGGUGAAGAAAGGAAAAUAAAUUGAUAACGAAAUAAGAUAAUGUGAGGGGAGUGAAAUUUAUGUGGCUCUUUAAGCGUUGAUAAGGUACGAAAGAACCCGAGGAAAACGAAGGGUCCAAGUGAAGAAACGCAAGAUCAACGGGAUCAAAACAGAAGAGUGAUCGUGGUACUUGCUGAAGGGGAAGAAAUCAGAAGAAGGAACAACGAAUCGAGAAACAAUCAAAUCGGGAUGUCCCGAGCGAAUGCGGUGGUGGUGGCCAAAUUAGCUGUCGAUUAAAACGUGUAUCGACACGUGGUGGUGGUGUUGGGCCUUAAGAUAGCCAACCCGAGGCCAAGAUGCGUACCUCACCGGCGCUGCUGUCGGUCCUGUUUGGCACCAUCUUCGGUGUCUUUGGGGCGUCGCUGAGCAAAUCGCUGCUCUCGCAAGCUCCCGACGAGUGCCGAUGGUCCGGGUACAGUGAAGACGACCUUACGCUAGUGUGUAGACUUAGAACUAUCAACAGUGAACUCGAGAACACCAACUUCAGUGUGCUACAUCCGGAGAACACGGUCCGGUUGCGGCUGCAAUGCAACGACGGGCUGUUCUUCCAGUCCAGCAUAAGUCCGGGCAGUUUCCGGCAGCUGUCCGAGCUGCGAUCGCUCUCGAUCGAGUUCUGCAAGAUCGCAAACCUUAGCGAUGGUUCCUUCCGGGGUCUUGGCAAGCUGACCAAUCUGACCCUGCGCACUCACAAUACCGACUGGUCAUCGGUCAGCCUAGAAGUCGCUCCGCACGUCUUCAACGCAGAACUCUCCAAACUCGAGCGGCUCGACUUCAGUCAGAACAAUAUGUGGUCCCUGCCAGACGGCAUGAUCUGUCCGCUAACGAAGCUUGAGUACCUCAACCUGACCCAGAACCGGCUGCGUGACCUCUCAGUCUUUCACUUCAGCGCGUCCCUUAGCACGCGACUAUCGAAAAAGUGCGGCAGCACGAUCACAACGCUGGAUCUUUCCCACAACAACAUCGACAACCUGCCUCCGGCGAUCUUCUCCGGUCUCGGCAAGCUGACCGAACUUCGACUCCAGAGCAACGGCCUCAACUUUAUUGCUGAUCGCGCCCUGGAAGGACUGAUUUCCCUGUCCAAACUGGACAUCUCGCUAAAUCGACUGUCGAACCUGCCCCCGGAACUCUUCUCCGAAGCCAAGCACAUCAAGGAGAUCUACCUGCAGAACAACAGCAUCAACGUGCUAGCACCGGGCAUCUUCAGCGAACUGCAACAGCUGCUCGUACUCGAUUUGUCCAACAACGAACUCACUUCCGAGUGGGUCAACUCGGCCACCUUUAAGGGGCUCUCUCGAUUGAUCCUACUGGAUCUUGCCAACAACAAGAUCUCCAAGCUUGAGCCGGCGAUCUUCCGAGAUCUCUACAGCCUACAGAUCCUCCGGCUGCAAGAUAACUUUAUCGAGUCCAUCCAGGAGAACACGUUCUCCGAACUAACCGCCCUCAACACGUUAGUCAUCUCGAACAACCGACUGUCAAACAUCGAGUACUUUACGUUUCAAGGCCUAAACCGGCUAGCCCUCCUAUCGCUGGACUACAACCGCAUCUCCCGCAUCGAUCGGGUGGCGUUCAAAAACCUGUCAACCCUGCAGGACCUCCACCUGAACGGAAACAAGCUGCUCCAAGUUCCGGACGCCCUGUACGACGUCCCCCUCCUACGAACGCUCGAUCUCGGCGAGAACCACAUCAGCAACAUUGACAACGCCAGCUUCAAGGACAUGGUCCACAUGUACGGACUGCGGCUGACCGAGAACAACAUCGAAACGAUCCGCAAGGGCACCUUCGACGCCAUGAAGUCCCUGCAGAUCCUGAACCUGUCGAAGAACCGGCUGAAGCGCGUCGAGCAAGCCUGCUUCGACAACAACACGAACCUGCAGGCGAUCCGGCUGGACGGCAACUACCUGACCGACAUCGCCGGCCUGUUCACCAAGCUACCGAAUCUGGUGUGGCUCAACAUCUCCGAUAACCAUCUGGAGGUGUUUGAUUACGCGCUCAUUCCAACGGGGCUGCAGUGGCUGGACAUUCACGCGAACAAGAUCGCCGAGCUGGGCAACUACUUUGAGAUCGAGAGCCAGCUGGCGCUGAGCACGAUCGAUGCCAGCUCGAAUCAGCUGACGGAGAUUACGGGCAGCGCGAUCCCGAACAGUGUGGAGUUGCUGUACUUGAACGAUAAUCUGAUUUCGAAGGUGCAGUCGUACACGUUCUUCAAGAAGCCCAACCUGACCCGGGUGGACCUGUUUGGGAACAAGAUCACGACGUUGGAUCCGAACGCGCUGCGGAUAUCGGCGGUGCCGGACGAUAAGCCGUUGCCGGAGUUUUACAUCGGAGGGAAUCCGUACCAGUGCGAUUGUAACUUGAACUGGCUGCAGAAAAACAACGUGGACUCGAGGACACAGCCCAAGUUGAUGGAUCUGGACAGUAUCUACUGCAAGCUGUUGUACAACCGGGGCAGAACGUACGUCCCGCUGGUGGAGGCACUGCCGAAUCAGUUCUUGUGCAAGUACGAGACGCACUGCUUUGCGCUGUGCCACUGUUGCGAUUUCUACGCGUGCGACUGCAAGAUGGAGUGCCCGGCGCGGUGCACCUGCUAUCACGAUCAAAGCUGGACCUCGAACGUGGUGGACUGCUCGCGGGCCGGCUACGACGAGAAGCUGCCGGAUCAGAUUCCGAUGGACUCGACGCAGAUUUAUCUGGACGGGAAUAAUUUUAAGACGCUGGCGAGUCACGCGUUUUUGGGGCGGAAAAAGUUGAAGAUCCUGUUUUUGAACAACAGCAACGUGGAGGUGAUUAGCAAUCGGACGUUCUACGGGCUGAAGGAGCUGGAGAUUCUGCAGCUGAACCACAAUCAGAUAACCGAGCUGAACGGGUUUGAGUUUGUGGGGUUGGACCGGCUGAAGGAGCUGUUUUUGCAGUAUAAUAAGAUUGCGACGAUCGCGAAUCAGAGCUUUGAUCACUUGCACAAUUUGCGGAUCCUGCGGUUGGAUCACAAUAGGAUUGUGGAGUUUAACAUGUGGCAUCUGCCGAAACAGUUGACGGACGUUAGGUUGGCGGCGAAUUCGUGGAGUUGCGAUUGCGAGUAUGUGGAACGAUUCCGGGAGUACUUGAAGACUUUUGAGUUUGUGAAGGAUCGGAUGAAGAUCAAGUGCGCGACGAUUACGCUUCCUGGGAACGAAACGGCGUUGGUGGUUAAUGGAACGAGCGUUGUGGAACCGGUGAGGGUGGCGCCUGAGGGCGCGGAAGGUUUCCUGGUGUACUUUGACAACAGUACGACUCUGUGCAGUGGAGCGAUCCCGCUGGAUAACGUGAUCAAUGGGAACUUGACGUCGAGGAAGACGGUGCUUUCGCCGGCGCCGAUCGAGGGGUACAUUCCGCUGUUGGUGGCGGCGCUGUGCGGAUUUUCGGUGAUCAUCAUCGUGACGUUGAUCGUGUUUGUGUUCCGACAAGAGAUGCGAGUGUGGUUCCAUUCAAAGUUUGGAGUGAGAUUGUUUUAUCGGAACUCGGAUAUGGACAAGAAUGAGCGUGACAAGUUGUUUGAUGCGUUUGUGUCGUACAGUUCGAAGGACGAGGCGUUUGUGGCGGAAGAGUUGGCACCGCUGCUGGAAAACGGGGAUCCGAGUUACAAGUUGUGCUUGCACUAUCGGGAUUUCCCAGUGGGGGCGUACAUCGCGGACACGAUCGUCCAGGCGGUGGAAUCGAGCAGGAGGACGAUCAUGGUCCUGUCGGAGAACUUUAUCAAGUCAGAGUGGUGCCGGUUCGAGUUCAAGUCGGCGCACCACCAAGUGCUGCGCGAUCGUCGCCGCAGGUUGAUCGUGAUCUUGCUGGGGGAGGUGCCCCAGAAGGACUUGGAUCCGGACAUUCGGUUGUACCUGAAGACGAACACGUACCUCCAGUGGGGUGACAAGCUGUUCUGGGAGAAGCUGCGGUUCGCGCUGCCGGACGUUCCGAACAAUCAGCGCCGGCGACAGCAGCAACCGCCGAUCAACAUGACGCACUCCAACAUCCGGAACCAGUACCAGCUAACGCGAACGCCAAAUAACCGCUCAAACAACCAGAUGAUGAUGCAGCAGCAGCCGCUGCCUCCGCAGCCCGAUCCCCGGUUGCGGCCAGAACUUCCCAUCAACGUGGGACAGCAGCAACAGCAGCAGCAGCAGCAGCAAGUUCCUCAACAUCAGCGCCAGCAAGAGCUCCAGCAGCAGCAGCAGGUUCAAAACCAGCAGCGAUCGUCACCCCGGACGGUGGGGAUCCACAUAUGACCUACUUGAGGACAGAGUGUGUGUGAUAUAGAGUGUGGAGAAAAUAGAUUACUUAAAAAUUUCUGUAUAAAGUUAGUCGUUAGGUACUUAGCAAUUGACGCGAACUGAGUUAGUUAGUGAAAUUCCGGAAAUCGAACCUCAAAUGUGAUAUUUACCGUUUAAGUCAUUAAAUUAUGCAAAGAGAGAUCCGUACUUCG